CACCCUCGCAGAGCGGCUCUGUGCAGCUACAGCGGCAGCAGAGGGAGCCGAGACGCUCUCCAUGCAGGAGGCUGGGGAUCUCUCAGCAUCGCUGCUGCAUUCUGAAAAGCAGUGGUCUCUGCGAUGUGUGAAGUUCCUAGGACGCACUGAGCCAGGCUGCUCUUCACCCUCAGUUGUUGAUGAGCCUGGGUGCUCCGGAGAGAUCUCAUUUUGCUUUCUUAGAGAAAGGGAUGAGAAAUGAGCUGCCCAAGGAAUUUGGCAAUGGGAAGAGUGAAAGGCAGUUUUGUGCCAGCAGCUAAGUUGUAAAAUUGCUUUGGAGGCUACCCAGGGAGCACGAAAGAAUUGACAAGAAAAGAACAGACACCGUUGCAGACCAAAGGCAUGCCUGAUUGCACAUGAGUCCGGUCCCUGGGACGCAGCCUCUGCUCCUGCUCUAACUCUUUGUGGCUGAAUAGAGGAAAGGAGACUAGAAACAAAAUUGCAAGUGGUAUUUCUGAAAGGAAAACACAUAUACCCCAACAGGAGAAGAGGAACAACCCAGCUGGCGUGUACAUUUUUUUUUUUAAAGGAGAAUCCCUCAGACAGGACAUGAAGAUAUGUGGAAAUAAGAUUCGUGAAUCCCUUCUUCCAGGAAUGUCUUUCACAAAUGGAGCUUCACUACUGGUUUUCACUGGACAUUGACCUUGUGGCAGAGCCACAACUGCCUUUCCUGCUAUUUUCAAUGAUUCACAGAACAUUUGAAUAGUGAUGCUUGCCUUGGCUUUACCGAUUUUCAUCCCAAUACCUUGUUUACUUUGUUGGGGCAGAAAAGCUUGCACUAAUUUCUCUCCAUGGUGGCUAAUCUUAUCAAGAGCUUGAUUUUACCUUAUAUACAUAAGCUUUGCAAAGGAAUGUUUACAAAGAAACUGGGGAAUACAACAAAAAAAAAAGAGAAUCAUCAGCAAAAAAAGAAUCAAGAUUUUCAUACUGCUGGCCACACCAAACCCCCCAAAUUUUCUAAUACCUUAAAAAGCACUGUAAAGAAGAUUGCAAAGUGUUCGUCCACUCGCAACUUAUCUACUGAAGAAGACGAGACUAAUAAAGACUUUUCCCUCUCACCAACAUUCAGUUACCGAGUGGCUAUUGCCAAUGGCCUGCAAAGGAAUAUUAAUGUAACCAAAGGUGAUAAUGAGGAUCUGUUUCAAGAGCUAUCUUCAGUUGAGAGCUCUUACUCAGAAUCAUUAAAUGAACUAAGGAGUAGUACAGAAAACCAGGUACAAUCUGCACACACCAUGCCAGUUAGACGCAACAGGAAGAGCUCCAGCAGCCUUGCACCUUCUGAGGGCAGUUCUGAUGGGGAGCGCACUCUGCAUAGCUUAAAACUGGGAGCUUUACGAAAGCUGAGGAAGUGGAAAAAGAGUCAAGAAUGUGUCUCCUCCGAUUCAGAGUUGAGCACCAUGAAGAAGACCUGGGGAAUAAGAAGCAAAUCUUUAGACAGAACUGCCCGGAAUCCAAAGACAAAUGUUCUAGAACCAGGAUUCAGUUCCUCUGGCUGCAUUAGCCAAACACAUGAUGUCAUGGAAAUGAUCUUUAAGGAGCUUCAGGGAAUAAGUCAGAUUGAAACAGAACUCUCUGAACUACGAGGGCAUGUCAAUGCUCUCAAGCACUCCAUUGAUGAGAUCUCUAGCAGUGUGGAGGUUGUGCAAAGUGAAAUCGAACAGCUACGUACAGGGUUUGUCCAGUCUCGGAGGGAAACCAGAGACAUCCAUGAUUAUAUUAAACACUUAGGUCAUAUGGGUAGCAAAGCAAGCCUGAGAUUUUUAAAUGUUCCUGAAGAAAGAUUUGAAUAUAUUGAGAGUGUGGUGUACCAAAUUCUAAUAGAUAAAAUGGGUUUCUCAGAUGCACCAAAUGUUAUUAAAAUUGAAUUUGCUCAGAGGAUAGGACACCAAAGGGACUGCCCAAACGCAAAACCUCGACCCAUACUUGUAUACUUUGAAACCCCUCAGCAAAGGGAUUCUGUCUUAAAAAAAUCAUAUAAACUCAAGGGAACAGGUAUUGGAAUCUCAACAGAUAUUCUGACUUAUGAUAUCAGAGAAAGAAAAGAGAAAGGAAUUCCAUCUUCCCAGACAUAUGAGAGCAUGGAUAUGAAGUUAUCUACUCCAGAGCCCAAAACCAAAAAGAACAAUUGGCAGUUACCUGAUGACAGCGAUGGAGAGCUGGAAUCUGACUUCAAUAGAAACAGUUAUGCUGUGCUUUCUAAGCCAGAGUUUCCAACAAAAGGAAGUACUUCCAAGUCAAGUUCCAAAUCACACAGUGCCAGAUCUAAGAAUAAAACUGCUAACAGCAGCAAAAUUUCAAAUAAAUCAGAUUAUGAUAAAAUUUCUUCACAAUUGCCAGAAUCAAAUAACUUGGAAAAGCAAACCACAACCCAAUAUGCAGAUGCAAUGCCUCUCUGGCAUUCACAGAGUGAUUUUUUCACUGCUAAACUUAGUCGUUCUGAAUCAGAUUUUUCCAAAUUGUGUCAGUCUUACUCUGAAGAUUUUUCAGAACAUCAGUAUUUCACUAGAACUAAUGGGAGCUCCCUCCUUUCAUCUUCUGACCGGGAGCUUUGGCAGAGGAAACAGGAGGGUAUACCCACCUUGUAUGACAGUCCUCAGGACCAGCGUUUCCUUGAGAGUACUCAGGGUGUCCAAGUGCACAGUGAAAUUGAGAACACAGAAACUGUGGAUAGUGGAAUGAGUAAUAGCAUGGUGUGUCCAUCUGGAGACCCAAGUCAUUACAGUGAUUCUCAGCUCUCUUUACAUGAGGAUCUUUCCCCAUGGAAGGAAUGGAAUCAAGGAGAGCAAGGAACUGAUUUAGGUUUAGACUCAUCCACCCAGGAAGUGUUUGAUUAUGACACAAACAGUUUAUCUGACCAGCAGCUGGAUGUCUUCAAUAAAGACCUAGAAGACUUGGGAAAAUGCCACAGUGACCUACAAGAUGACUCUGAAAGCUAUGAUUUAACCCAAGAUGACAACUCUUCUCCAUGCCCUGGCUUAGAUAAUGAACCACAAGGCCAGUGGGUUGGCCAAUAUGAUUCUUAUCAGGAAACUAAUUCUAAUGAGCUGUACCAAAACCAAAGCCAGUUGCCCAUGAUGUAUAGAAGCCAAAGUGAACUGCAAAGUGAUGAUUCAGAGGAUGCCCCAUCCAAAUCUUGGCAUAGUCGAUUAAGCAUUGACCUUUCUGAUAAGACUUUCAGCUUCCCAAAGUUUGGAUCUACACUACAGAGAGCUAAAUCAGCCUUGGAAGUAGUAUGGAACAAAAGCACACAGAGUCUUAGUGGGUAUGAGGACAGUGGCUCUUCUUUAAUGGGAAGAUUUCGUACAUUAUCGCAAUCAACUGCCAAUGAAUCUAGUACCACCCUUGACUCUGAUGUCUAUACAGAGCCUUAUUACUACAAAGCAGAGGAUGAGGAGGACUACAGUGAACCAGUGGCUGAUAAUGAAACAGAUUAUGUUGAAGUCAUGGAACAAGUCCUUGCUAAGCUAGAAAACAGGACUAGUAUUACUGAAACAGAUGAACAAAUGCAGGAAUAUGAUCACCCUUCGUAUGAAACACCUUAUGAAACCCCACAAGAUGAGGGUUAUGAUGGCCAGGCAGAUGAUGUAGUUAGUGAAGGAGAAUUGGAACCCUUACAUGAACCAGCAUCUGAAAUGGAAAUAAGAGAAGAUGAAAACCAAAACAUACCUGAGCCUCCAGUGGAAAUCACAAAGCCAAAAAGAAUCCGUCCCUCUUUCAAAGAGGCAGCUUUAAGGGCCUAUAAGAAACAAAUGGCAGAGUUGGAAGAGAAGAUCCUGGCUGGAGAUAGCAGUUCUGUGGAUGAAAAGGCUCGAAUAGUAAGUGGCAAUGAUUUGGAUGCUUCCAAAUUCUCUGCACUCCAGGUGUUUGGUGGGGCUGGGAGAGGCCUUUAUGGUAUUGACAGUAUGCCAGAUCUUCGAAGGAAAAAAACUUUGCCUAUUGUACGAGAUGUGGCCAUGACCCUGGCUGCCCGGAAAUCUGGUCUCUCCUUGGCUAUGGUAAUUAGGACAUCACUCAACAACGAGGAACUGAAAAUGCAUGUCUUCAAGAAGACCUUGCAGGCUCUGAUCUACCCCAUGUCUUCCACCACCCCACACAACUUCGAGGUCUGGACUGCUACAACACCCACCUACUGCUAUGAGUGCGAAGGGCUCCUGUGGGGCAUUGCUCGGCAGGGCAUGAAGUGCCUGGAGUGUGGAGUGAAGUGCCAUGAAAAGUGUCAGGACCUCCUGAACGCCGACUGUUUGCAGAGAGCAGCAGAAAAGAGUUCUAAGCAUGGCGCUGAAGACAAGACGCAGACCAUUAUUACAGCCAUGAAGGAAAGAAUGAAGAUCAGGGAGAAAAACAGGCCAGAGGUAUUUGAAGUAAUUCAGGAAAUGUUUCAGAUUUCUAAAGAAGAUUUUGUGCAGUACACAAAGGCCGCCAAGCAGAGUGUAUUGGAUGGAACAUCUAAGUGGUCAGCAAAAAUAACCAUUACAGUGGUUUCUGCACAAGGCUUGCAGGCAAAAGACAAAACAGGGUCCAGUGACCCAUACGUUACAGUUCAAGUUGGAAAAAACAAAAGAAGGACUAAAACCAUUUUUGGAAACUUGAAUCCUGUAUGGGAUGAGAAGUUUUAUUUUGAGUGCCAUAACUCCACAGAUCGAAUCAAAGUCAGAGUGUGGGAUGAAGAUGAUGACAUUAAAUCCAGAGUCAAGCAACAUUUCAAAAAGGAGUCAGAUGAUUUUCUGGGACAAACAAUUGUAGAAGUAAGAACACUGAGUGGAGAAAUGGAUGUCUGGUAUAACUUAGAGAAACGGACAGAUAAGUCAGCUGUAUCUGGAGCCAUUCGAUUGAAAAUCAAUGUGGAAAUUAAAGGAGAGGAGAAGGUUGCUCCAUACCAUAUACAAUAUACAUGUUUACAUGAGAAUCUGUUCCAUUACUUAACUGAAGUGAAAUCUAAUGGUGGAGUGAAAAUCCCAGAGGUCAAAGGGGAGGAAGCCUGGAAGGUUUUUUUUGAUGAUGCAUCCCAAGAAAUAGUUGAUGAAUUUGCCAUGCGCUAUGGGAUUGAAUCCAUUUAUCAAGCCAUGACGCACUUUUCCUGUCUGUCUUCUAAAUACAUGUGCCCUGGUGUUCCUGCUGUCAUGAGCACCUUGUUGGCUAAUAUAAAUGCUUUCUAUGCUCACACAACGGUUUCAACAAAUGUACAGGUUUCCGCCUCAGAUCGAUUUGCUGCUACCAACUUUGGUAGGGAAAAAUUCAUAAAACUACUGGACCAGUUGCAUAACUCUCUAAGGAUUGACCUGUCAAAAUAUAGGGAAAACUUUCCUGCCAGCAAUAGUGAAAGACUACAAGACCUGAAAUCAACUGUUGACCUGCUGACAAGCAUCACCUUUUUUAGGAUGAAGGUUCUGGAGCUUCAGAGCCCCCCAAAGGCCAGCACAGUAGUGAAGGACUGUGUCAGGGCAUGCCUGGAUUCUACAUACAAAUAUAUUUUCGACAAUUGCCAUGAACUCUAUUCUCAGCUAAUAGAUCCGAAUAAGAAACAGGACAUUCCUCGGGAAGAUCAGGGACCCACCACCAAGAAUUUGGAUUUUUGGCCCCAACUGAUUACAUUGAUGGUCACCAUCAUUGAUGAGGAUAAAACCGCCUACACACCCGUGCUAAAUCAGUUUCCUCAAGAACUAAAUAUGGGGAAAAUAAGUGCUGAAAUCAUGUGGACUCUUUUUGCUCUAGAUAUGAAAUAUGCCCUAGAAGAACAUGAGAAGCAGCGAUUAUGCAAGAGCACCGAUUAUAUGAAUUUGCAUUUCAAAGUGAAAUGGUUUUAUAAUGAAUACGUGCGCGAACUUCCUGCCUUCAAGGAUGCUGUUCCUGAAUACUCCUUGUGGUUUGAACCUUUUGUUAUGCAGUGGCUAGAUGAAAAUGAAGAUGUGUCAAUGGAAUUCCUUCAUGGAGCACUGGGAAGAGAUAAAAAAGAUGGAUUCCAGCAGACGUCUGAUCAUGCACUCUUCUCUUGCUCCGUGGUUGAUGUCUUUGCUCAGCUUAAUCAGAGCUUCGAGAUUAUUAAGAAACUGGAAUGCCCUAAUCCUGAGGCAUUAUCUCACUUAAUGAGAAGAUUUGCAAAGACUAUCAAUAAAGUUCUGGUCCAGUAUGCGGCAAUUGUGUCAAGUGAUUUCAGUUCAUAUUGUGAUAAAGAAAAUGUGCCCUGUAUCUUGAUGAACAAUAUUCAACAAUUACGAGUCCAGCUGGAAAAAAUGUUUGAAUCUAUGGGAGGGAAAGAGCUAGAUCCUGAAGCUAGUACCAUUCUAAAAGAACUUCAAGUUAAACUCAGUGGGGUUCUGGAUGAGCUCAGUGUCACAUAUGGAGAAAGAUUAAGUCUUUCAGCAAAAAUCUGUGAGAAAACAGUCCUGAAGCGAGUUUUGAAAGAACUAUGGAAACUAGUUCUUAACAAAAUAGAAAAACAAAUUGUUCUCCCUCCUUUGACAGACCAAACAGGACCUCAGAUGAUUUUCAUUGCAGCUAAAGAUCUUGGACAGUUAUCCAAACUGAAGGAGCACAUGAUUAGAGAGGACGCCAAGGGUCUAUCACCAAGACAAUGUGCUGUAAUGGAGGUGGUCCUGGCUACCAUCAAGGCCAUCUGUGAAAAUCCUUCAAUUCAGUCUCGGCCUCUAGAUGUGUGCCUUAUUCUUCAGAAACACAACUACUAUCUGGUGUUCAAGAUCCAGCCAGUUAACUUCUGUUUACUCGCAGGUCGCUCCUCCAAAGAUGCAGUGGGUCAGAUAUCUGUUCACGUGGAUGUCACUGCAACCCCAGGAACUGGAGAGCAUAAGGUCACUGUAAAAGUGAUUGCUAUUAAUGACCUAAACUGGCAGACCUCAGCAAUGUUCCGCCCCUUUGUGGAAGUUUGCCUACUGGGUCCCAACCUUGGAGACAAGAAGAGAAAACAAGGCACAAAGACAAAAAGCAACACAUGGUCACCAAAGUACAAUGAAACAUUCCAGUUCGUUCUAGGUAAUGAAAACCGUCCAGGGGCUUAUGAACUUCACCUGUCAGUUAAGGAUUACUGCUUUGCCCGAGAAGAUCGAGUUAUUGGAAUGACAGUAAUUCAACUACAGAACAUAGCUGAAAAAGGAAGCUAUGGGGCUUGGUAUCCUCUUUUGAAAAAUGUCUCCAUGGAUGAAACUGGUUUGACUAUCCUCAGAAUACUCUCUCAAAGGACCAACGAUGAUGUUGCUAAAGAAUUUGUAAGACUUAAAUCUGAAACAAGAUCUACUGAAGAGAGUGCUUGAAACAAAUACUGAAAUAUCUUUGAGAAUCCAUAAACUCUCAUUGACUACUGCAUGCAUGUGCAAAUACAUGGGAAUGUUUAUUUCACUACGUUUCACUGUUUGCCAGUACUCAAGUACAAUGUCAACAAGGUAUGUGCAAAACCUGCUGAACUUUUAUACCAAUUCUGGUCUUUGGGAAAUCAAUGUUCCAUGAAGUGCCAAAAUUAUGAUGUAAAGUAAAAUAUCAAGAUUAUCUUUAAGUGUUUAUUUCAUCUCAUUACCAAUUUCUUAGCCAUGAAACAAAUGAAAAGUUUUUUAAGUUUGUCCAUUAGUUAUCUUUGUUACAUUAGUUUAUAUGGCACCAUCAGAAAUCAUUUGUUACUCAACUUCUGUUUUAGCCUUACCUCAUUCAUCUGAGUAAAGACCCUUUUCUACCAUAACUAGAAAUGCAGUGACUUCUAGAAAGUAUUUGUAAUUUUAUAGCUGCAGAUAUAUUGUGAUGAUUUUUGCAUACAAAUUAAAAUAGAAAAGGUGGGAAAUAUUUUAUGCUGACCAGUUUCCAACCUUUCUGAAAUAUCACUGUGAAGAAAUGCUAUUAAAGCAAACUUACACAAAGCAAUGCUAAAUAGUUUGUUAACGUUUGAUAUAUUGACAAACCUAUGUUCUUUAAAACUGCCAAGGUCACAUCACAUUUGUUUAAAAAAAAAAAAAAAAGGUAAGUUGAUGCAUUUGCCACAUAGCAUUAUGUCUCAGCUUUACCAUAAUUAUUCUUUGGAAAGUCAUAGGCUUAAUGGUUUAGAAAUGUUAUGGAAUAACUGUUCUGUUAGUAAUUUCCCUCUGACAGUUAUGACUAUAAUCAGUUAAAUGUUUCUUUUGUUAAAAAAAAACAGUGAUUUAUACUGAAUGCAGCAUUACUAUACAUUGCAAUGGAGCCAAAAUUCACGUAUUCAUCUAUUUAGUGAAAGGACAAAAUGCAAAAUUGUAAGCAAUUUCUUCAGUUUGUUAUUUAUAAGCCCAAAAUGCAUCAUAUUCAAUAGGAAAACAAUGCAGCUUAGUACAUUGAUAUCCCAACAUUGUUUUAUAAAAUUAUGAAAUAGCUUAUAAAUAUUGCAUUUUCUGUAGUUUUAGGAUCUGCCUUUUUUGGAAUCUGUGCCCAACUCCUUGGUUACAGAAUAGUAAUUGUAAUUUAUGGUCAUAACUGUUAGUGGACUACCUACACAUGCAGAAACAGGAACUUAUUACAUCGAUUGUUUUGUACAAGCUGGCCUAAUAUGUUAAAGAACAGAUUGGUUCUGAGAAAGAUGACACUACUCAUUCUGCUACUGGGUGUGAAAACACCCAGACCAGUGAGAUUGGCUAAUUUGUGUUAAACUCUUAGGCUAUUGCUUUGUUAAUGACUUUUCCAAAUGUAUAGUAUGAUGCGAUCUCUGGCAUAUGCAUUAAUAAAUGGAUGUAUACUAAGCA